AUGGGGGUCCCAGGGGGUGAUCAGGGCGCCGGGGCAUGCCCUGCCCCAAUCGGUGUCGCCGAUGAUUCCGAGGUCCCCCGAGUCGCCGGCCAUGGCCGGGCCCCGGCUGCCCCCCGCCCUCGGGCUCCUGCUGCUCUGCCUGUGCCUCCCAGACGCCUCCGGCCGCUGCGACUCCGGCUCCCGAUUGGUCCCGCUGACGGCCGGGGUGGAUCCCUGCAAGGAUCCCCCCGGAUUCCUCAGCCCCCAGCUGGGCGGGGACGCGGCCGGACCCUCCGGGGGCGGGGCGGGAUCCCCCGGCGGGGCGGGAUCCUACGGAGGCGGUUCGGGAUCCCCCGGCAGUUCGGGAUCCUACGGGGGCGGAUCGGGAUCCCCCGGCAGUUCGGGAUCCUACGGGGGCGGAUCGGGAUCCCCCGGCAGUUCGGGAUCCCCCGGCAGUUCGGGAUCCUACGGAGGCGGUUCGGGAUCCCCUGGCAGUUCGGGAUCCUACGGGGGCGGAUCGGGAUCCCCCGGCAGUUCGGGAUCCCCCGGCAGUUCGGGAUCCCCCGGCAGUUCAGGAUCCUACGGGGGCGGAUCGGGAUCCCCCGGCAGUUCGGGAUCCCCCGGCAGUUCGGGAUCCUACGGGGGCGGAUCGGGAUCCCCCGGCAGUUCGGGAUCCCCCAGCAGUUCGGGAUCCUACGGGGGCGGAUCGGGAUCCCCCGGCAGUUCGGGAUCCCCCAGCAGUUCGGGAUCCUACGGGGGCGGAUCGGGAUCCCCCAGUGCAUCCCAGGGAGGCGGAAGCUCUUCGGGAUCCUACGUAUCGCCGGAAUCUUCCGGGGGCAAGCCAGGAUCCUACGGGAGCAGACCGGGAUCCUACGGGGACGGCUCAGGAUCCUUUGUGUCACCGGGAUCCGGCGGGCGGCUGGGAUCCUACGGACUCGGGCCUCACGGGGGCGGAUCCGGCUCCCACGGGGGAAGCGGAUCCUACGGGGGAUCCAGCUCAGGAUCCCAAGGGGGGAUGGGAUCCGCAUCAGGCAGACCCGGCUCAUCACAAGGAGGAUCCAGUUCAGGAUCCUCUGGGACUGGAUCGGGAUCGGGCAGACCCGGAUCCCAAGGGGGAAGCGGAUCCGGAUCCUACGGGGGCGGGUCGGGAUCCUCUGGGGGAUCAUACGGAGGAUCCGGUUCAGGAUCGGGCAGCCCCGGCUCCCAGGGGGGCAGCGGAUCCCAAGCAAGCAGUGGAUCCGGAUCCUAUGGGGGGCUGAGCUCCUACGGGGACAGCUCGGGAUCCUACGGGCUCCCUGCUUCCUACGGGGAUGAUUCGGGAUCCUACGGGGGCUCACCGGGAUCUUCCGGGGGACUGGGAUCUCAGGGGGGUGGAUCGGGAUCUUAUGGGGGA